GUGCAGCUGGCCGCCGCCGCGCUCGGCGGAGCGCUGCGGGCGGGGGCGCAGGGGCUGGGGGCAGCCGCUGGGACCGUCGUCUCAGCGUCCCGCCGCAGGCAGCGUCCGCACCGUCGGGCAUGGGCGCUGCGGCUGUGCGCUGCGCUGCCUCGCCCCGUCCCGAUGAGUCCACGCUGGAGCAAACCUCUGGCCUCCCAGCCUCGGGAGGGAGAAUGUGGUGAUAGGAUGGGGCUGUCUCCCGCGGGGGUUCGCCAUGGCCAGGGAGGACUCGGUGAAGUGUCUGCGCUGCCUGCUCUACGCCCUCAACCUGCUCUUCUGGUUGAUGUCCAUCAGUGUAUUAGGUGUUUCUGCAUGGAUGAGAGACUACCUGAAUAAUGUUCUCACUUUAACAGCAGAAACAAGGGUGGAGGAGGCUGUCAUUUUGACUUACUUUCCUGUGGUGCACCCGGUCAUGAUUGCAGUCUGCUGUUUCCUCAUCAUAGUUGGAAUGCUGGGCUACUGCGGAACAGUAAAAAGAAAUCUCUUGCUCCUUGUCUGGUACUUCGGAAGCUUGCUUGUAAUAUUCUGCGUUGAGUUGGCCUGUGGCGUUUGGACCUACGAGCAGGAAAUCACAGUUCCAGUGCAGUGGUCUGAUAUGAUAACGCUGAAAGCCAGGAUGACCAAUUAUGGUCUACCUAGGUACCAGUGGCUGACCCAUGCUUGGAAUUUCUUCCAGCGGGAGUUUAAAUGUUGUGGGGUGGUGUACUUCACAGACUGGCUGGAAAUGACAGAGAUGGACUGGCCUCCUGACUCCUGCUGUGUCAGAGAGUUCCCGGGGUGCUCUAAGCAGGCACAUCAUGAGGAUCUCAGUGACCUUUAUCAAGAGGGCUGUGGUAAAAAAAUGUACAGCUUUUUGAGGGGGACAAAGCAAUUGCAAGUGCUGAGAUUUCUGGGAAUCUCUAUUGGAGUAACGCAGAUCCUGGCUAUGAUCCUCACAAUUACGUUGCUGUGGGCCCUGUACUACGACAGAAGGGAUCCCGGGGCAGAUCAGAUCAUGGCCCUGAAGAGCGAUGCCUCACAGCAGCUGUCAUGCCAUUCCAUGGAGCUACUGAAACCAAGCCUGACAAGGAUCUUUGAGCACACCUCCAUGGCAAACAGCUUCAAUACACACUUUGAAAUGGAAGAGUUAUAGGUCACGCAAUGAAUGGAAGGAAUCACAAAGGGUUUUAAUGGGUGUUUUUGUCGGGUUUGACUUUGUUGUGGUGGUUUUGUUCCAUCAAAUAUGCCAAGUACACCAGUUUUUAUAUGUCAGAGAACAGGUAAUGGAUGGAAGUGAAGGAGGACGGCAUAGAGAACCCUGCUAACCUCACAGCCAUGGCCCUAGCCAUGAAACAGAGGUGAUUUUGUUUGCUUUUUUAAAAGGCACUCAUUCACUGGGCACAGUAAUAUUUAACUUAUUGUCAAAAACUGUGUGAUGUGUGAAAUCCUGAGUGGUUCACACGUGGGCAGAACCUCUAAGGAAGCAUCACGGGACAAAAAGAAGUACUUGUCUUCUGAAGAAAGGACUGCUUUGGACAAACAAAAUGUCAUUUCAGUUGAAAUUGACUUUUACCUUUUUAAUAAGCCAUUUGAAAAAUGUCUUAAUCAGGGAAUCUGUACAUAUAAUGGAGUGGGUUUGUGAAGUUAAUACUUGGACUUAAAAAUUUGGUAAGAAGGGCA